AUGCACAGCUGCUUCACUGAAGAUUUUGCAAACAUUGCAAAAUAUACAGGCAAUGGGAGCAGAGAAUGGAGCAUUUGCAGGAGUCAGCAGCCAUCACUUGGAGUAUCUGUAUUACGUUAUCCUACAGCAAACCUGCAGCACUCUGUUCAAACUCUGAAGGGCUCCAAAAAGCAUCCUGUUACAGCUGUAGCACAGCUUUAUACAGGAUACACCUGCAACAUGAACGCUGAAUGUGACCUACGUUCUGUAGUACAGCAAAGUCCAUUAGUACACCAGAGAGCUCACAAAGAAAAGAAACUAUGUAAAUGUCCUGAAUGCAAUAAGUGUUUCAAACAAAGGACCCAUCUAGUAAAACAUGAAAGGACUCACAAGAGGGAAGGGGAGAAACCAUAUAAAUGUGCUGAAUGCAGUAAGGGAUUCACAAGAGCUAGAAACCUUAGAACUCAUCUGUCAGUUCACAGUAGGGAGAAACCAUAUAAAUGUCCUGCAUGCAAUAAGGAUUUCAUUCGAAAGAUGCAACUAGUAGUACAUGAAAGGAUUCACACCGGGGAGAGACCAUAUAAAUGUCCUGAAUGCAAUAAAUGUUUCAGACAAAUGGGUACACUAGUAAAACAUGAAAGGACUCACAUGGGAGAGACACCGUAUAUGUGUCCUGAAUGCAAUAAGGGUUUCAAACAAAGGGGGGCUCUAGUACAACAUGAAAAGCAUCACAUGCUGGAGAAACCAUAUAAAUGUGCUGAAUGCAGCAAGGGUUUCACAACAACUCGUGGCCUUAGAAUUCAUCUGUUGGCUCACAGUGGGCAGAGACCGUAUAAAUGCUGUGAAUGCAAUAAGUGUUUCACACAAAGGAGUGUUCUAGUAGCACAUGAAAGGACUCAUAUGCUGGAGAAACCAUAUACAUGUGCUGAAUGCAGCAAGGGUUUCAUAACAGCUAGUGCCCUUAGAAUUCAUUUGUCAGUUCACAGUGAGGAGAAACCAUAUAAAUGUCCUGAAUGCAUUCACAGUGGUGAAAAACCAUAUAAAUGUCCUGAAUGUAGUAAGGGAUUCACCAUAGCUAGUUCCCUUAGAAGUCAUCUGUCAGUUCACAGUGGGGAGAAACCAUAUAAAUGUCCUGAAUGCAGUAAGGGAUUCACAACAGCUAGUAAGCUUAAAAUUCAUCUGUCAGUUCACAGUGGGGAGAGACCAUAUAAAUGUCCUGAAUGCAAUAAGUGUUUCAGACAAAGGAGCGUUCUAGUACAACAUGAAAGGACUCACACGGGGGUGAGACCAUAUAAAUGUCCUGAAUGCAGCAAGUGUUUCAGACAAAGUGGUACUCUAGUACAACAUGAAAGGACUCACACGGGGGUGAGACCAUAUAAAUGUCCUGAAUGCAGCAAGUGUUUCAGACAAAGUGGUGCUCUAGUACAACAUGAAAGGACACACACGGGGGUGAAACCAUAUAAAUGUCCUGAAUGCAAUAAGUGUUUCAGACAAAUGAGUACUCUAGUAAAACAUGAAAGGACUCACAUAGGAGAUGCAAAGUCAGCAAGAAAAGGAGAGUAGUAUUGCUGAAACUGAAUUUAUCCUCAUGUCUUGGUGAGUACUGUCAUGAGGUGAACACUGUUUUUCAUAAAAUCUCACUAAGAUUGCACUGACAUAUAAAUUGUAAUUUAUAUAGUAUAUAUCAUGGACAGAAGUAGGUCAAAAAUUAAAAAAGAUGGC